AUGAGUGAAUCGGGACAAGAAGAGGCAGAAUGCCCUGUGUCGCACUCCCAGUGGCCAGAGGAUGGGGACAAGUGGAGUGAGGAAGAGGAUGGAGGUAAAGGGGAAGGAUGUGGCCUCCUGCAGGAGAUGGUAGAAGAAGAUGAAGAAAUAGAUCUCUACAAUGAGGAGACCUUUGGAUUGGAUCUUGACAUGGGUGUGGAGGAGACAGAAGAGGAUCCAACUGACCUUUUGCUCUUCUGUGGAAAACAGUCGCCAGCCCCGGCUGCGCCAGGACCUCCUGCACCCAGCUCCCCUUCUCUUUCGAGGCCCAGGCCUGAUUCUCGAGCACAGCCCUUGACAGGCGUGCGGGGGAGAGAGAGAGACAAAGAGAAAGCAGGAGGGAGGGGAAAGGUGUUUGAAGAUCCGGCUGUGAUGAGGACUGUGGAAGGAAGACCCAGCCUGAAGAGUCUGGACAGUGCCAUAGUGGACAGCGGCACCAGCUCUUCUUGGCAGGAUAUGGACUCAGAUGCUUGGAUGCGGUCUUCCUAUGGUGGUCUGAAACACCCUGCAGGAUCCAUACUACAGAUGCCAAUGAAGCCCAUGAUGCCUCACUCCCCUGUCCGCCCUCAACGACCUUUUGCGCCUCAGCAACCGUAUGUCCAGUCUGGAGGAUUGCACUCCCCCUCUUCACGCCCCCGCCCUCCCAUCUCGCAGCCUUUUACCCCCAAAAUGAUCCAGCUGAGGUUUGGGGCCCACUCUCCCAGCCCUGCUCCUGUUUAUAGUCCCUCUGCCAAUCCUGUGCAGAGAUUCAGGAUCCCAGGUCAUGUGACCCAGCUCCACCCCCAGCACCGCAGGCUCCUAAGCCAACGACAGCAGAGAGCUCACAGAAAGGCAGAGCCUUGGGACCCACAUGGUCAGCUCAUGUCUUUUAAGGAGAAAGAGUGGAUAAUCCGACUGCAGAUGAUUCAGCUUCAGAGUGAGAACCCUCACCUUGAUGACUACUAUUACCAGGAGUAUUACCAACGAAUGGAAGUUAAGAUGGUGGAGGAAGAAAUGCUGGGAGACAGGGCAAAGAGGGAGCCCCCCAAACUCACCACCCCUUAUGUCACCAAGACAGAGUCUUAUACCCCAGUUGUGCACAUUGAGGGAUCCUUGGGGCAGGUGGCUGUGUCUACGUGCUUUUCCCCUCGGCGUGCAAUUGAUGCUGUCCAUGCGCACUGUCCCGAAGAGCAAAAAGACACUAGACAACAGAGGCUGGCAGUUCUUCACAAUAUUGAGAAGUUGUUCAUAGUCCUGCUGGAAGUGGAGGAGGGGGAGAAGAGGAGGGCCACAGCAUUCAACGAUGUGGAGAGGAGCAGGAUAAGGGAGAAGAUGCAAAGACGAGUAGAGCUGAUCUACAGACAGUUGCAGCACCCUGCCACUCUGGAGGCAGGUGAGGAGUUCUUGCCAUGUCUGCUGGUAUCCAAAGGAAAGAGACUGCUAGCUCGGCUCAUCCCCUUCCUGUCGCAUGAUGCUGCUUUACAUGUUCUGAGUGUGGUGACAUCACACCUAUCGGUCCUGAUGAGCAGAGACACAGAUGAGGCUCUUCCAGUGCUGUAUCCUCCUUUUUCCACUAUAAUCGGAAAGCUGUCCUUCAGUCAGCUUGUUGGGGUCCUCAGGAGCUUUACAUCUAUGCUUCCUGAUUCUAAAGAGACACUGCUCUCAAUGGCCUGUCAAAACAAGUUUGGGAUUUCCCUGCUUUACGCCCUCCUUUCUCAAGGGGAAAGGCUGCUGUCCUCCGACAUCCCCAUGGAGCCCAGCAUCGGGGACUUUGAGAAAUGGACAGAGACUGUGUUCCAGGUGGCACGGCAGCUCUCUCAGUGCUCCUUGGUGGAGCCUUUGCUUUUGCCCUCAAAUCUGCUCUCUCUCUUCUGCCGCUACCUGGACAAGCGCACCGUCCACCAGCUGGAGAACAGCAUGGAAAGGUCAACAACUGGCUUUCCCGCUGUCCCUUCCUAA